UCGAAAUGCAGCUGCCCUUGAACGCUGCUUUUUCAACCCAGACCUUCAGACAGCCUGCAUGAGAUAAGUGCUGUGUCCUUAAAAAGUCAAAUGCUAAACAUAUGAAGAGUGUUGUAUUUUUAAAUCUAUAGUUAUUUUCAAUACCACACGUAAUAAUGAUCAACCCAGGGCAUGUGACAAACGAAAAAUGUGAACUAGUUUUUGAAAUACCCCUAAUUCUUUACUGAAGGUUGGGCCAGUGAAUGGCGCAUGCUCAGUGCGAAUAGGGAGUGUUGGAGACAGCCAACAGUGCAGGGAAAGGCAAGACGGGUGAAAAGAGAAGCCCGUCUUCCUUUCGAAAAGGAAAAAAUACGUUAACGGCGCUUCGUUGUAUGUCCUCGCUUCACACCCGGCCAUGCCAACGACACAGCGAUGUAUUAUUACUGCAAUCGGAAUAAAAUGAGCGCUAGUGCAGCCGGGCCUGGAGUGGAGAGUUGCGGGGCCGGGUGUCCGCAUAGCGCCAGCCGCUGCUGCGGGGGAGGAGGCUGCGGUGAGCCCGUCAGCGGUGACGGAAGCUCGGCCGCUGCGGCUACAGCCACCAGCGCUGCCCCAGUGCGGAGCUCAGACAGAGAGAGCAGCGUAGCCGAGGCCCAGGCGUUCCGCGAAUGGGACGAUGCCACCUCCGGCGAUGCGGAUCCGGCCCAGAAAAUGAACGAGGAGGGAUUUUUUACGAACGGCGCUGCUGAUAUCACACGGGAGGGAGACGAAUGCGCGGAUUCAGGGGAAUACGGCGGAGGACGCGGGCGUUUUUGUAGACAAAGCACUGGAGCGGGCGAGGAUAACACCAUUAAUAUUGAUCACGAAGAAGCUGCUUUGCGGUGUUUCAUGAGCGCUACGACAAGAAGGGACGAGCGCAGAGCUAGUGCGAGACUGCCGCCGGUGCGCACCGCGAGAGCCCGACGAGGACACACGGUGCACGCCGAGACCGAACGCGCGAUGAUGACAGCCGCUGCAAGGUGUGGUCACGGGAAUUCCGAGCCCGCGGUCAUCAAGCGCCGGGGAUGCAGUUUCACCCGAGCCUCCAAGAGGGUGUGCUUCUCGGGCACGUACUGCGGCAGCUCGGACGCCGCGGCCCGCGUUGGUUCCAACGGUGAAGCUCACUUGAAGGGCUCCGCGAGCAGUGUCGGGACUUUCAGGCGCACGUCCCUACGUCGUAUCCCCUGCGAAAACACAACCGGGGCCCAAAAAAUGAAUUUCGCAGCGUGCCCGCCUGAUGAGAGUGCCCAGCUGCCCACAUGCAAGACAGCAAAGGGGCGCGUCAGACUGUACAGGGUGCGCUCCUUUCUUUCCAGCUCUGCCAACCAUAACAACGAGGUCAGCGGAAAUGGUGCCCCUCACAAAAGCCUCCCACCGCAGCCCUCCCUCCAAGCCGAGCCCGACCUACGUGAGUGCGUAAAAAAGCCUCUGUGUGCCCUCUCCAUCACUUCUACUCAGUCUGAGAGUGGGCCUCCUAACGGAACGGAGCCAGAGCCACAGAAGUGUGACGGUACAGGUGUGGGCAUUGAUGCACAGGGGACUGAGGGCCCCAGCACGGAGCAAAUAGAGGCAGUGAGGGGUGAAGCCGAACGCAGGCAGGCAGAGCUGGAGGGCCGUACUGACCACCUCUGGAGGCGCCUGCAGGCCGUACAGGUGAAGCAGGUGGAGAGGCAUGUCACGCAGCAGCUGCAUGGCCUGUACAGGAGCCUGGGGUUGAGCUGCACCAGAAGGCCUAGUGCUGCUUCCAGAAGGUCGGCCGAGCUGAGCAGGCUGGCGCGCAGCUGCAGCGAGAUCCUCCGGACUGCAGAGAGCGCCCUGGACUCGGACCACACGGCCAGCAGCUCCGGAGGUGACAGCGACAGCGAGGAGGAUGAGGGAUUGGAGAGAGGGGGUCGCCGCUUUAGACCUCUGCCAGUAAAAUCAAUUGUCGCUGGCAAAGAAUGGCAGUGGGUGGAGAGCAGGGCGUGGCUUGGCAGCAGGUGGGUGUGGCUACAGACUCAAGUAUCAGAGCUUGAGUAUCGGAUCCGUGCGCUGACAGAGCUUUACACACAUCUUCGACAGGGAAAGGUGCGGUCCACUUACUCAGUCCCUGACACACCCCUCAGAGCAUCAAACCCCUCCCCCCGCGACACAAAACUGCAAGUUGUCCUCUGUUGGUGAUCCUAACAGGAAGUGGCAGACGGAAGACACCACCACUCCGCAAACAGUGCCCAGUCCACCUUCUUCUGCAGCACGGGUUCGACCGUUACUCCGGCAACGACGUCACAGACUCGUUCGCCUGG